AUGUCAUCUUUCAAUAAACUCGCAUAUGCUUCUGUUUUUCCAUUAUCUACUAUACAUCUUAAAGCACUCGCGCUACUAGCUCUUACAAGUACAUUUUUAUCAAUAAGUAGUGUCCCAAUUAAUUUAGCAAUUCCAUCUUUUGCAAUCUGUAUAGCAAGAAAUGAAUUACAUGACAUUGAUUCAAUCGUUUGCAAUCCAGACAACUUUUCCUCGACAUUCGCAGACUGUACCUGUAAUUAAUAAAUUUACAAUUAAUUUUAUGUAUUCAACUAUUAUGAUGGAACAAUAACAUUGUAUGUAGUAGAAACUAACUUCUUCAUAUACUUUCUGUAAAGCAUGUUCUCGAUUUUCAUUCGUGACAUUUUUAAUUUCUUCGAUUUCGAAGUCUUUGACAGACACAAGUCCUGUAGGAUUUUGUUUAUGAGGUCUAUUUCUCUGUCUCUUUUGUUUUCCCAUUUUUUUUUUUUUUUUUUAUUAAUAUGUUAUUAAUACAAAAAUUAUUUACAGGUUAAUUUCAUUAGAAAUAAACGUGUUUUUAAUUCUACUUUGAUCUAUCUCUCUAUCUCUUUUUUUCCGUUUCUCUUUUCAUUAGAUAAUUUUAGUUAUUUUACUUCUCAUGAUUGGUUAAGUUACUAGAAAGAUUCAUUGGUAUAGUGAAUUUCACUGACGAAUCAAAAUUACGUACUUCUUUAACUCAGAUUCAUUUUUGUUGAUGUUUUUAAACAAAAGUAGCAAGAAUUUACCCAUAAUUCCUCUGAAUUUUUUAUGGGGCAUGCGCUUUGAACACUUACAUUCACGUAUUAAUUUGAGCAAAUGAGAAAAAAUUUUUUAAAGAAUUGUAUUAUCAUCAAAUAAAAAUUCAUAACAUUUGUAACAAAAAGUAUACGCUAAAAUUGCUUUUUUGUAAUCAUCGUUCUUAUAUUUUUAUGUUAACGUAUUUCUAUAGUAAUAUAUUUCAGCAAAACAAGGGAAUAUCCUAGAAAACGUGUAACUUAAUACAACACUGUAAAGAUUUAAAAUUUUGAUUGAUUUUCAGCACGCAUGCGUUGUAAUUUAACUUCGAUAGGUCAAAAUCAAAUGAUUCUCUUCAAAUGUAUAACUAGUAAUAUUCGGUUUAGACACGUGUAAGUUAACUUGUUUGACUGUUGACCGUUUUUCCAAAUUUCCUGUGCACCGUAAGAUAUUUUUUUCAUAAUUAUUUUAACUUUUUAUUGAUCUUUUUCAAUGAAAUAACCACUUAAUUGAAAUUUUUAUUCAUUUAAGUUAAAUUUAUCAAUGUUGUUUUAAUUAACAAGUGACGUCGAUGUUAGAUAAACAUUAGCAACUUUCUAAAUUCAAAUAAAUUUAUUCGCUUAAAUAAAUUUAUAUAAAACUGUAGCAAGUAUAUUUUGUUUUAUAUGCUAACGUAAUAUUAAAAUUAAUAGAAAUCUUUUUCAUUAGAAUUAAUAUUUAAUUUUAUUUAUUAUAGUUCAUUUAAGUUUUUACUAAUUAUUUUUUCUGAUUUUUUAAAAUUUAAUUGCAACAUAUUAGUAUUAAAUGUAUAAAAAUUAUGGAAAUUCGUGUGAUCACGUUGCCACGAAUGUUGAAUUCGUGUUACAUUGUUUCGGCUUUUGCUUAUAAUUAUGUUUGUAUUUAUCAUACAAUGUUAUAUACGUAAAUACGUAGUGAUUAUGUUUCAAGAAAUUAAUACAUUGUUUAAUCAUUAUCUUUCAAUCAUCAUCUUUUAAUCAUUAUUUAGUCAUAUAUUAAAUGUUUUCGGUUUUAAUACUGAACCUUGCUUUCAGCAGUUUGGCAAUUUUAACGCACGCGUGUUUGGACAAAUUCUUUUUUCCAAAUUGAGGAAAUCUUAUUUUUAUAAUUUGAAAACAAAUUAUUUAUUUAGAGAAUUGUAGAUUUAAAAAAUUAUUUUUCUCUUAUUAAUUAAUAAUUAAUAAUUAUUAUUAUUAAUUAAUAAUUAAUUAAUAAUAUUCAUUGAUAAAAUUAUUUUUUCUUAUUAACAUUAUUAAAUAAUAAAAAAUUUAUUUGCUUUUAUUUUUAUUCAAUGUAAUACUAAUGUAGGAUAGCUUUUUUAAAUUAUAAUGUAUUUUUCUUUCUCAUAUAAAUUGCUGUUUUUCUAUUGUAAAAUUGUUAAGUGUUAAAGAAAUUAUGGCUGAUCGAGACCGAGGCAGAGGUCGUGGCCGAGGAAGAGGUAAAAGGACAGGCUAUUAUCAGCCACCUCCAGAAUCUCGUCCUACUUCUUGGCGUCGACCAGUUUCACCAGCAAUUCCACAAGCAGUUCCAUCAGCAAGCCCAUCAGCAGGUCCAUCAGCAGGUCCAUCAGCAGGUCCUUCAAGUCCUCCAUCAAGUCCUCCAUCAGUUCCUCUAGCAUAUCUCUCAUUAGAUUCUCCACCAGGUCCUUCGUCAGGUCCUAUUCCUUCAUUAAGUCCUGAACAACCAGGAUCAUCUUUAAGAGCAUCAACAUCAGCGCCUUUACCGGUGAGGGUGAAGCAGAAGCACAAUUGGGAAGAGGAGCUAUGCGUGGUAGACGUGCGAUAGUUCAGGAAAUAAUAACAAGACCACCCACUAUGCAAGUCAAAAGAGGUACUUCUGGAGAAACUGUGAUGAUGCAAGCAAACUAUUUUACAUUACUAUCAACAACUGAUUGGUGUUUAUAUCAAUAUCGAGUUGAUUUUGCACCAGAGGAAGAUCGAACUGCGGUCCGUAAAGGAUUACUUAGACCUCAUAAAAAUCAAUUGGACUCAUAUAUUUUUGAUGGAACUGUUUUAUACUGUAGAAGACGUAUACCAGAUAUGGAAGUUUGGUCUAAGCGACAAUCGGAUGAUGUUAAUAUUAGAAUCACUAUACGUCUUGUUGGAGAUAUGUUGAGAGGCGAUCCACAUUAUAUUCAAUUUUUUAAUAUAAUUAUGCGAAAAUGUCUGGUUGCAUUGAAACUUCAACUUGUAGGACGCGAUUACUUUGACGCAGACAAUAAAAUGGAAGUACCUAAUUAUAGACUAGAACUUUGGCCUGGUUAUCUCACAUCUAUAAGGCAACAUGAAAGCAACAUUCUUAUGUGUUCUGAAGUUAUACAUAAAGUCAUGCGCCAGCAAACUUUGUUAGAUAUAUUGAAGGGUUGUUAUUUUAAACAUAAGGACCAAUAUCGACCAUUCUUUGAAGAGCGAGUUCUUGGAUUAGUCGUACUUACUGAUUACAACAAUCACACAUAUCGUAUAUCCGAUGUAGAUUAUAGUGCAAAUCCGAAUUCAACGUUUAAAUUGAAAACCGGUGAAAUAGUAUCGUUCAAACAAUAUUAUAAACGUAAAUAUGAGAUUAUUAUUGAUAACGAUUAUCAGCCAAUGCUUGUAACAAAAGCAAAAUCGCGUGAUCGUAAUGCUACCCAAGCUGAACUGGUGUACCUUGUUCCUGAAUUAUGUCGUGCAACAGGUUUAACUGAUGAAAUGAGAGAUAAUGUCAAUUUAAUGAAGGAUUUGGCAGAUUAUACACGUGUAACACCAGAGGCACGCAUAGAUAGAUUAAUGCAUUUUAAUCAAAGACUUCGCUCGCAACCGGAAAUCGCAAAAGAAUUAAGUGACUGGAAUUUGAAACUUGACAAUAAAUUGGUUACUGUACCAGCACGUAUUUUGCCACCAGAAAAAAUAGUAUUGGGUGGAAACCGACCAGUUUCUACUGGUAAUUUUGCUGAUUGGACAAGAGAAUUGCAUGAUAAAUCGUUAUAUAUGACAACUCGAUUAAGUAAUUGGAUAUUACUUUGCCCGAAUCAGAGUAAACGCUUGAUUCAGGAUUUCCUCCAAUAUCUUAUGCAAUCUGCAUAUGGGAUGGGUUGUCGAAUAGACAAACCAAAAAUUUGGGAUGUUUCUGACGAUCGAACCAGUACUUAUUCCACACUUCUGGAGAGAAUACUGAGUAAUUCUAGUCCUGAAUUAGUUUUUUGCAUAGUACCAAAUAAUCGAUCCGAACGAUACAGUGCAAUAAAGAAGAAAUGUAUUUUGGAUAGGCCGACAGCUUCACAAGUUUUACUUCACAGGACUCUUCAGAAUAGAAAUUUAAGAACGAUAGCUACGAAAGUAGCUAUUCAAAUAAAUUGCAAAUUGGGUGGUGCUCCAUGGAGUAUUGAUCUGUUAGCAUCCAACUUGAUGGUGAUCGGUUUUGAUGUUUGUCACGAUCCUGCCGAAAAAAGUAAUGAUUUUGGUGCAAUGGUUGCAUCAUUAGACAAAGAUUUAUCAAAAUACUUCACUGUAGUAAAUCCUCAUGUUGGAGGAGAGGAACUUUCGACUUCUUUCGCGACAAAUAUAGAACAUGCUUUGCAGGCUUAUAGAGAAAAGAAUAAAAUUCUACCAUCGUACAUAGUCAUCUAUCGUGAUGGCGUUGGUGAGGGUCAAAUACCGCAAGUACAUGAACACGAAUUGUCACGUAUACAGACUAAGUUAAACACUAUUUACGGAGAAGCUUCCUUAGCAGUUAAAAUGGCAUUUGUGAUAGUUACAAAACGAAUUAAUAGUCGAAUCUUCUAUAAACAAAGAAAUCCUCCGCCGGGUACAGUUGUCGAUGAUGUUAUAACUAAUCCAUUAAAAUAUGACUUUUUUAUUGUAUCUCAAAGUGUCCGAAAAGGUACGGUGACACCAUGUUCAUACAAUGUAAUUGCAGAUAGUACAAGUUGGAAACCUGAUCAAAUGCAAAGAUUGACAUAUAAGUUAUGUCAUAUGUAUUAUAAUUGGUCUGGUACCGUAAGAGUUCCUGCACCUUGUCAAUACGCUCACAAACUUGCAUACUUAGUAGCACAAUAUUUACGUUUUUCACCAGAGAGAAAGAUGAAAGAUCUAUUAUACUUUUUAUAA